GCAACAUUUUCUUCCCAGCAGCUAACAGUUACUGUCACAUUCUGGUUAUACAUGAAGUGCAGAGACACAGUCGAUAGUGAUAAUUCAUCCGUAGCUCAGUGUUGUGUAGUGAACUUGUGUUUCCGCAGGUAGACAUGGGUGCAGUGGUGUUACAGACGCGGAUAAUGGCGAUAUUAGAUGGGUUGAGUAAGGCAGCAGGGACGGACAUUAACCAGCUGAUAGAGGAGGACAACGCUGCGUUUAACCGAGAGAUCCAGCGCAGAGACGAGCAGAUAGAAACACUGAAAAAACGUCUCCAACUCACCGAGAAAGAGCUGAAAAAAGUACAAACUCUGCUGCUAGCCUCCUCAGACCGGUGCUCGGUCGGUGUCCAGGUCCAAAUGAUUGAUACAGAGAUGAUGGCACACAGGAAGGAACCAAUAACUGCAAGCCAUGUCCAGAUGUUAAAUACAAAUGUAAUGCCAGAACUCAAAGAAGAGAAACCACCAUUACCUGAAAGAGCACUACCACCUUCACAUCAUGUAACUGAAGUACUCAAAGUUAGCCAGACACAUGCAUCAGUGCCAGGCAGACAGAAACCUGCACAGCAUGCUUGUGAUGAAGAUGAAUUCAGCAGCUUGGAGUUUGAAAUGAAGAUUGAGCAAGUGGAGGAGCUUGUUGAUCAGGAACUGAGCCUGCAACGAGCAGAUUACAGCAUGGUGGAUUCAAACACCAGCUCCAAGACAGAUCAGAGAGACGCUCACUUGUGGUCAUCUGUCGAAGACGACAUGACAAAUGAGUUUGACGUGUCUGAUGGCUGUGUGGGGUUAGAGCAGUAUGAACAGAUUCACCUGAACCAGUGUAUGGCCUCUAAUUUGAACCUGCAAACCGAUUGCUUUCCUAAUAAACACGUGGACUCUUUUGGUCCUGCACAAGGCAGGACAGACAAAGAUUCUGACUAUGGACAACUGAGGGACCCUGUGGGUCACUUAACCACACAAAGAACUCCAAACACCACUGGAAAGCACAGAAACACGUUUGGUAUGGCAUCUCGGCCCCACACACAAUUAUCUACCAACAGUUUCUCAUUGACGAACCCGCUUCCUGUGCAGGGAAAGGCACCAGUUUGCCAUGCCAUAUCGAAGCCUUUUCGUUGUGAGGAAUGUGGUAAAGGCUUUACCCAGAGGACGAGACUGAUAACACAUAAAAGAACACAUACAGGAGAGAAACCGUACCACUGCCAGCUCUGUGGAAAGAUGUUUUCCAGGCAGGAUAAUUGUCUCAGACAUGUCCGCCUACACAGUGGACAGAGGUGGUAAAGAGGUGUUUAUUGCUGACAGUGUUGCUAUGAACUAUGUAUCUUACAGUUACAUGUAAGCCUUUGAUUGGUACUCUUGGUAAUUAAUGUCAUUAAAAUGUCUUUGUGACAAUUUAUUGUAAAAUCAUGCUGAGAAUGAAAAAGAAAUGUAAAUCUCAUGGUACUUUGAAGAGUCGGUGAUGCCAAGGAGCCUUCCAGGGUUUUUGGAGUUAAAACAGACCCAAAACAUAACAGAUCCCACAUCAUUCAGCGAGGACUGAACUUCUGAUAACUGCUAGUGAAAUUGAUUCUGGUUUACAUUACAUUGUAAUGCAAUGUUUUCAUCACAAAUCAUAUAAUCAGCAUAACAUUAACAAAAGCAAAGUGUUUGAUAUAGGCCCGUACACUGGCAUGGACACCACAAGUUUGCGAACUGUGAUGAUCCAUGUCAUCCCAGAAUGAUCUCACAAUUUUCCAAAGAGCAUCUUGUAAUGUUACUGAGCAUGCAUAACCCCCAUAACUGCUCACUGGGGUUUAGGUCAGGUGACUGGAUGAAAGUCUACGACAGCUCUCAUUAAUAUUAUUUGCUUUUCAUGUAGUUUUUGCAAAUCUUUUCAGGUUUGUAAAAAAAAAAGUUAGAAAUAGAAGCAUUUUUAUUAAUGUAUUCAGAUAUUUGGUCCUAACUGUGUAUAUAGGGUUUUUGUAUAACACAUUUUUUGUCUCUUGUAACCAUGGCACCACUUGCACAUUAAAACCUCCUGUAUUUAAAAGUUGGUGGACGGUUUCACAAUGAACUUGCUUUUCUGGUUUUAUUUUAAAAACAAUGUAUCGUGGUUACUUUCCUGUUUUAUUCAGUAGGUUAGAAUAUUUGACAUGCUCCAGAUGGAUGUUUAAAAGAGUAUGAAUUUUCAUGUCAUAUUACAUAGUUGAAUUCAUGAAAUUAGUGUAAAUUUGUAAAUGUUAUAUUUUAUAUAAUGAAAUAAAGUAGGGACGUUUGUAAGCCUAUACUGUGCUGUAGUUUAUUGUAGAAUCUCUGCUCUUGAAUGUUCACCACAAGCU